AACAUAUAAGACAUAAAAUAUUUGAUUUUAGGAAUGAUGGUACUAGUGAAUUUAAUCCAGCUUAUUCGUUUGAAUUAACAAACAAUCCAACACAAUGCGAAGUAGACACAUUCGAUCACAUUCUGCAGGUCACUGCACACCACGAUGCUGUUUAUGCAUAUUAUUAUAUGGAUGAUAAUAAUAAAGUGAAAUUAACAAAAAUUUUCGAUCUAACCGAUAGUGGGAAGCAAAACAGUGAAUGUAGUGAUGAACAACCGUUUGAGCCAGCAAAAUCUAUAACAGAUUGCACUUAUCCACCAAAAAAUAGUAAAUAUCAUCAUAGUCAUGUCGCUAGCAACAACAAUAAUAAUACAGUCAAUGCAAAUAACAAUAAUAAAACAAAUCGACAAUUUAGCAUAAGUGAAGAUGGACCAACAAUUAGCGAAGAUCAACUGGAUAAUUUAAUAAAUCAGUCCAUCAACGAAUGGCAGCAGCGUCAAAAAACGAGCGUCGACAAUGAAAAACCAAAUAACAUUGAUACAGCUAAACCAGCACCAAUUAUUUCAUAAAAAGCAUCCAAAUCAAUUCUUAUUACCCGACGUGUUUUUCAUUCUAGUUAAAAAAAAACUGAUUCAAAGCGUUUUUUAUAUUGAAGAUUCUUCUUUGAUGUUUUAGAUUUUUUAUUUUCAUUUCAUGUCACAAUGCAAAUAGAAAGAAACCAAAGAAAAGUAAAGAAAACGAAACUUUAACAUACUGAAAUCAAUUUUGUUCUUAAAUUACGUUAUAAUCAAACAUUUUCUUCUAAACUAAUGUAAAUGACAAUAGAUAUUAACA